UGGAAGACCUGUUUGUCAUUGUUGCGAGUAAGGACCCCGAAUAUGAUCCUUAGCGGGGCGGGUCUAACGAACCAACCAACCAACCGGCCCCGAAAUUGUGCUCCAAGGAUUCGACGCUUAGGUCUCCAAUGACAAGCUGACUAAUUCGACCUUUGUGGGAUAUUAGAACUCGCAUCUAACUACCGUUUCCACACCGUCUGCAGAGUAACCCAAGCGUGGGAGAAAAAUAAGCACCUCGAGUUCAUAUAAAGACAGACCUGAACCGGGGUCAGAGUGUCAGUUGCGGAAGAACAACCAAGCGAUAUCGUGGAAGAGUUCCUUCCGGUGAGCUAGCUUCAUCGCAACUUUGAUAAGAGUUGAGGGCGGGCAGAACACAGGAUCUCAUAUCUGUAUUAAGUUUCCUCGAGGCCCUUUAAGACACGUGUUUCCCCGGACGGUUCGUCAUCCAGCCAUGAACAUGAGACAUGCCUCGAUACUUCAAUUCCUUUUGGCAUUGAUCCUUUCUUUGUGCCACUCCAGUAGAGCCAUACCUGACCCGUCACUAUUCGAGAGCAACAACGAUCGUCGUUUGUCGGAACAAAUGCUUUCGAAUCUUCAACACCUCGAAGCUGCCCUCUUACGGCAAGCAGGUCGAAGUCUCAGGUCGGAGGUGUCUUCACCCUCGGUGGCCCUCACAGAUGAACAAGUGGAUCCCAAUCAAGAAGAAGUGGAGAGCAACUACAACCUCUACGAUCUGCCCCGGUCGUUGCAGGAACUCUUGGAACGAGCUGAAAGCAUGCGCAAGGUCCGACGAGGCGCCAAGAAGCGCAACUACAACCUGGAUCAUUUGGCGAGAAUGAACUUCCGACGCUCCUUCCGAGCUUCCUCCUUGAAUAAUCGUCACAUUUUAGGAGGUCUCUAGAUUAAAUGAGCUAGAAGCAACAUCUUUGAUUAUGGGCCAAUUCAAAAUAUACAACCCUUUUUGCAAUGACAUGUAUAACUCUGCCCAACGAACACUGGCCUGGAAUGUUCUGCCCUAAUGUCCCACCCUUGCAAAUGGCUAAAGAUACUAGUAUUAGUUGCUUGCUUUAAUAAAUGAAGAAUUCGUCAAACCUAUAUCCCACCCAAGUAAGGAAUAUCUUCUUCAUAUUUUCUCCCUAAUAUUGAGGUCAGAUGGCUGCCGAAGUUGCCACUCCUACAACACCUUGAUCAACUCUUGGUUUCAAGGGAAUGGAAUAGUACAAAACGGUUCCUUUUUUGUUCCACACACAAUAAGCAUGAUCUAUUGGAGGUAAAUACUCAUCGUGUACAUGAAUCAACCUGAAAAUAUUAUGAGGCCAUAUAAAUCUAACCGAUUGUUAAUGGUCGUGAGCCGGUU